AUGUCGGUUGGCGAGGUGUUUCAUGCUCUGUCACAGCUGGCCCUCCACUCGUCCAGACACCUUGCCAGGUUGAUGUGUCACGUCACACCUGGAACGCCUUGCCCAGCUCAACAUCACCAGUCUUCCUACACCAGACGAUACCAUCAACAAGACCAAGAAUCCAAAAUGCCACCAGCUUUCUCAUCUCAUAAUCCGACUGCCCAUCUGCAAGCCCCGCCCGAGCCCCAUGGCGGUGGUGGCGGCUGCUGUGGUGGCCAUGGUGCUCCGAAAAUCGAGCUACCAGACCCAACACCACUAGACGAACUUAUCACGAUCCACAACCUCUCGUUCGAUCCGGAAACUCACCAGGUCUCUCUCCCGGGCAAAUCAGCUGCUACUCAGAAACCAGCCGAACAAAAACUACUCCAAGAUACUCUUGCGAUCAUCAAUGACUUGUCCCAGUACCUGGCCCGAGCACCCAUGCCACACUGUCCACCACCCCCACAAAUGGUCCAAAACAAUCCCCGAUCUGCUCAAAUUACGGCCUUGAAGGAAGAAGGAAACACAGCAUUCAAGGCGAACGAUUUCAACAAGGCGAUCGAAAUGUAUACCGUCGCUGCCAACGCAGCAUCCACCAGGCCAUUGUUUGAACCUUCGGUCUGGAUUCGAGAAGAGCUGAGCGUCAUCUUAUGCAAUCGUGCGGCCGCUUACUCUGCAGCGAAGAUGUGGGUAGAAGCUUUAUGUGACGCCGAAGUGGUCAUCCAACUCAAAAGGAACUGGAACAAGGGUCACUUCCGUAAAGCCAAAGCGUUGCAAGGUUUAGGCCACAUCGAAGAGGCUAAGGACGCUGCUCUCCUGGGUUUAGAGUUUGAACCUGAUAACGCCGACCUCCAAGCUGCUUUUGAAGAGCUCAAAGCUUGA